AUGACUACCUGGGAGGUGGCUUAUUCGAUAGAUUCUCACAGCCACGUGAAGGUCAAGCAACGUGCCAUGAAGUUUCAGGGUCGCACCACUUCUGGGCCGACCAUGGUCAAGCAGCCUGGACGUCUCAACAUUGGCACUUGGGAAGACCGAUGCCGAGUACCCGUUGGAGCGAGUGUUCCUCGGGGCUCGGUGCCCGAUUCCGGCGACGCCCAUGAUCUGAUAGCGCAAAAUGGCUACCUGCUGGAGAGCGGGAGCAAUUUGGCCACAAUUGCUGAAGAAGGAAAGCGUCCGGAGCAUAUGGCCUUCGCGGAAGAAGUCAGCAAUACCUUCUCGGGCGACACACUUGAAAUUAGUUCAGACCAUGGAGAUGCAUCAUCCACGCACGAUGAAGAAGAGCAUCCCCAGAAGUGCUUGGAGCUGGAUGCCUGUGAUGACGUGCUGAAGGAUGUUGAAGAACAUGAGAAUGAAGAAGUGAAGACUGGCAAGGGACCAGAGAUAGAGUGUUUCUACAUGUGGGACAGUGAUGAUGAAACAUGCUCUUUGCAAGAAGAGUCGAUCUCAGAGAGGCAGAGAAACAAGGAGGCUGAGGAACCCUUGGAGUUCUCCAUGCUGGACUAUUUGGCACAGUUGCCUGAGGGCGUUGCUGAGAAGCUCCACAGCUGCUUGAAAACGCAUGAAGAACUUGUGAGGCGAUUGUGUCAGAGGAAUGACCUGCUUCGUGCACACAUUCGAAAUCUCCGGCGAGAAGCAUCCGAGGUCCGGCCAUCUCCGCACUUCACGCGCUCUCACCGAUCACCUCAAAGUCCUCAGGCGACAGUGCCAUCUACAAAGCCAUCGGUGCCGUCGUCUCGGAGGCGGCCCUUGGUGGACUCAUCAAAGCUGGAAGCGAAAGCAUGUUCAGAACGUGUUCGAUUACGAGACGAGCAGCAAGAGGCAAAUCUUCGUGCUCGACUGCAGCGCACCAUUAGAGCCUCUCGGGAACGAGUGCAGGCAAUGCAGAGGCGAGUGGAGCGGGAAGAGCAGCAAGUGAAGCAUCGCUUCGAGGUGGCGUUGCAAACCCGCGAUGGACUCGAAAGAAGCAUCAAGGCUGCGUUGAAAGAGCAGAGCUUUGCUCGACUGCGAAUCGGAGAGCUCGAGGAGGCAGUCAAUGUUGAAUCGAUGCGCUUCCGCUCCAAAGAGAAGGAGCGUGACCAGAUGCAGGAGAGGCAGAACUCCCUGCGCAAUGAGAUCAAGGUGCUGCGCUCUCGGGCUCUGAAGCAUCAGCAGAGAGAGCGACGCAUCCAGGACUUGCAAUGUGAGCUGGAGGCAGGGGAUGGCUACCGCUUGAUUGAGUUGAGCAACGGUAUCCAAGCUUUGCUGGUCUCCAAUUUGGAUCCCAAGAAGCAAAAGGCCGCCUGCGCCUGCUGCGUCCAGGUGGGCUCCUUCAGUGAUCCAAGUUUUUGCGAAGGCCUUGCUCAUUACUGUGAGCAUAUGAUCUUCUUGGGCAGCAAGAAAUAUCCUGGCGAAGCCCAAUUCGAGGAGUUUCUUUCAGAGAAUGGAGGCGAAUCCAAUGCCUAUACUGAAUGUGGCUUUGACUGUCUCAGAAAAGACUCAACCUGUCAGGCUCUUCAUGGUGCGCUUGAUAUGUUUGCUCAGCUCUUUCACGAGCCUUUGUUCACGCCAGAUGCCUCGUACCGUGAGUUGCAGGCCAUUGAAUCCGAGUUUCAAAAAAAAACAUCCGAGGAUAGCAUUCGUGCCGAGACGCUCUUCGCCAGCUUCGCCUCUCGGGGACAUCCUUGGAGGCUCUUUGGCUGGGGAAAUUUGCAGAGUCUUGAUGAAGAGCCUAAGAAGCAGGGCGUGGACCUUCAUUCAGAGCUGCAAACGUUCUUUGCCAAGAACUACAAGGCAUGCAGGAUGCGACUCUGCGUCUUUGGUAUUGAAUCCUUGGACUCUCUGGAGACAGCGGUGUCACAGAGCUUUUCUUGUGUGGAGAGUUUUGCCGGAACCACACAGCUGGACUUUGCCCAGUGUGGUAUGCCUUUGAGAAAAGAGGACCUGCCCUCACUGGUUCGUGUACGGCCCAUUCGUGAUGGCCACUCUCUUUGGAUGAGUUGGCAGUUGCCUCCCCAACUUCGAUACUACCACAGUAAACCGGAGAGCUACCUCAGCAGCCUCAUAGGUGAUGAGGGGCCUGGGUCCAUCUUGUCAUAUCUCAAAAAUGAGGGCUGGGCUUCAGAGCUCACUGCUGGCGCUGGUGGAGAUAACUUCAGCCACAGCAGUAACUCAAUGAUCUUCAAUGUGCAGAUCGAUUUGACUGACAAGGGUCUCUCCCACUGGACAGAGGUGGUCAAGACAGUGUUUCAAUAUCUGGAGAUGCUUCGCAGGUUUCAAUCUUUGCCUGCAUACUUGUAUGAAGAGAUCAAGCAAAUCGCGCAGAUGAGUUUUCAAUUUAUGCAGGAGAAGGAUCCUUCUGAUUUGGUGAUUGACUUGAGUGAACGCAUGCUACCACUUUAUCAUCAUCAACCUGAACACCUGCUUACGGCACCCUGGACAUACACAGGUUUCCGCGAGGAUUUGAUUCGGCCUUUGCUUGAUGGUUUAACUGUGCGUGGUUGCUUCUUCAUGCUCAUGAGUAGCAGCUACGGCAGAGCAGGCGGCUUGGACAAGGUGUCGGAAUCGGAGGCAUCCUCCACAUCCGGACAGAGCGAAUUGGAAGCCCAAGGGAACAACAUUGUCCAAGAGAAACCUGAACAGGAGUGCUUGGACAGCUUGUUUGACGGUCAACGCGAAGCGCUAGUCGAACCAAGAUUUGGGACGGAAUAUUGGGUCUCAAGCCUUGACGAGAUGUUGUUACUGCCAUGGGAAUCAGCCGAGCCGCCGCCAGAAUUGCAUGUUCCACCUCCGAACAAGUUCAUAGCUACCGAUUUCACACUGCUCAGAGACGACGUGGAGGAAGAGGAGUUGCCAGACCUCCCACCAUCAGCCAUCGAAGGCUUCCCUCUCAUCAGCGCAAGACUCUCGCCGACGCCACGCCAUCGCAACAGCGAGACGCCAGGCCUGAGGCUUUGGCAUUUGCCCUGUGCACAACGCUUCGGACAGCCACGGAGCUUGCUGAGCUUAAAGAUCACUUCAGCAGACUAUGUCUUUGAUCCAAGCAAUGUCCGGAAGGAGGUCUUGCUCGAACUCCUUUCUGCAUGUUUGCAGGAUAGUCUGAAUGAGAUCUUCUAUACUGCUUCCAAAGCCAAAUUGAAUUGCAGCUUUAAUGACACCAUCUAUGGCUUAAAGCUGAGAGCAGGUGGAUUCAGCCAAAAGCUCUUGGCCUUGGUUGAGACGAUGAUCCAAGGGCUGUGGUUGAAAUCUUAUGCCCAAGACCGCUUCCAUUCUCAAUGGGAAGAGAAGCUGAGGUGCUACCGAAAUGCUUGGCUCAAGCCACAGGUCCACUGCGCAAGCCUCCGAAAGCUGCUUUUGCUCCUGACCACCUCCAGGCCUUCCCAGAAGGAGGCUGAGCUAAGCACUUGUACACUGCAAGAGUGUUACAAUUUCAUGGGUGAUUUCUAUGCGAGUGUGGCCUGCGAAUUGCUGAUGUCGGGAAAUACAUCCCAAGAUGAGCUAGAUUCCUGGAUCAGCUCAUCCCUCGCCACCCAAUUGCCAAUGAAGAACUGCUGUGCUCCCGAUUGCGAUGUGGUGCAGCUUUCACCGCGAACUGCUGCGGUAUGGCUGGAAGCUGGAAUUGACAGCACGCAAAGCAACUCUGCCUUGGAAGUUUACUUUCAACUUCCUGGCCGUGAUAGCUGGACAUGGAAGCAGGACAGAGCGCACAUGAAAGUGCUGUUGAACUUGCUUGAAGACAUGAUGUACGAAAACCUGUUCGAUGAACUGCGCACAAAGCAGCAGUUGGGAUACAGUGUCGGUUGCAGCACGCGUGAUACCUUCGGCGUGCACGGCUUCAGCAUCUAUGUACUCAGUGCUGUGCAAAGACCUCCAAAUCUUCUCAAAGCUGUGGAGACUUUCUUGCAGGACUUUGCCCGACAGUUGCGAGAUUGGCCUCUUGACAAGUUUAACAGCCACAUGGUUGGCCUUGGAGGUCGCAUGCUUGAGCCCAAACGAACUCUGGCUGAAAUACAUGAGGCUUGCUGGUCCGAGAUUACCUUUGGACAUCCUGAGUUUGCUCGGACCGAGAGAGAUGCCGCGAUGCUCGGGGCGAUCCAACCCUCGGAGUUGAUCGACCUUUUCGAGAGAUAUAUAGCCCCAGGUGGCGAUGGUCGAGCAUGCAUUGUCACAGCCGUUGUGCCGAAGGCUGAUGAGGGUGAGUUGGAAGCCCUUUGCCAGGCUCUAACUCCCGGAGGCCUCGAAGUCACCACAGUCUCGGAUGAGCAAAGCUUCCGCUCCAGAAGCAAGCUUCAUCCAAGAAGAGCUUGA